AUGGCCAUUGCUCACCGGUUCCUCACUUCUGUGCUCUUUUUGCUGCCUUCCAUAACACAUGUUUCAGCCCAGCAAGGAUGUUCUGUGGAUAACCAGAAACCAAGUGUCGAUGAAAAUAACCCGCCUGGCUAUGUAGUGGCCACUAUCACUUUGGAACAAGGCUUCACUGUAACGGUUGAUCCUUCUUCUCCUGAUGCCAGUUAUUUUACCAUCCAGGACUCCCAGCUGCAGCUGACCAAAAGUGUGGACUAUGAGAGCUCUGAUACCGUGCUGAUAGUCUUCUUGCUUUGCACCGACGCUUCUGGGCAGAGCGACUCUCUGGACAUUAUCGUGACCAUCGUCAACCUGAAUGACAACAGCCCGGUUUUUAAGCAAACGAAUCUCACCGAAACCGUUCCCGAGGACACAAAAGUGAAUGCCACGAUUAUCCCCCGUGAAGACCUAAGUGCUACUGAUGCUGACCUGGACACCAUUUAUUACGAACUUACAACAGAAGCACCCGACACAGGUGGUUAUUUUGCCAUAAAAGGAGUUAACAACCCCGAAAUUUAUUUGCAAAAAGCACUGGACUAUGAGAAGAUCAAAUUCACGACUUUGCUCUUGUACGCAAGGGACAGGCCAGUGAACAGCGCCGAUACCACCCACACUGCUACUGCAACCAUAAGCAUAUUUAUUGAACAAGCUGAUAUGAAACCACCCUGGUUCCUACCCUGCACCUUCAUUAACACGGACAAUAGCAUUUGCAUCAGCAGCCCCUAUAGUGGUCGGGUCAACAUCUCCGAAAAGUCGACCGUACCACUCACUCUGGAGCCUGGGCCCAUCUACGCUAUCGAUCCUGACUACACUUUAAAUGAGAAAAUAUUGUACAGUAUUGUUGGUGGGGAUACCGAUAAAGUGUUCUCAAUAGAUACAGAUACAGGGAAUCUAACCAUGAACAAAGCUGCAACUUCCCCAGAGACAUUCCAAUUGCAAGUCAUGGCCUCCCAAGUCAACGACAUACAGAAAUACUCCAUAGCCUUUGUAGAGAUUAAGGUCAUCAAUAAAAGCGAUCAUGCGCCGUACUUCGAGAGCAGUAUCUACAGAGGGACAGUAUCUGUUGGUCUGGCUCCAGGAAGCUUGGUCCUAGAUGCUGAUGUUCCUUCCAAACCCCUCAUGAUUGUAGCAGCUGAUGAUGAUUUCACUGAUAAAUACAACCCAAACAUUGAGUAUCUCAUAAAAAACAGCACGGAUUUCCUUGCAACCAAAGGUGGGCUCAUCCUGACAAACGUGAUGCUGCAGUCGCCGGGAACUGUAACCAUGGAGGCUGUGGGAAAAGACACAGUGAGCCUGCAGGAGGCGAGUACUGUGAUCGUGGUGGAGGUCUCUGUUUGUCUUGCAGCUGAAUCCUCCUCUGAUAAGAAAUACACCUCACAGGAUAUGGGCGCCUUAGGUGGCACCUUGGCAGCACUGCUCUUAAUCGCCUUGGUCUUCCUCGGGUUGAUGAUAUACAAGCAGUAUGGAAAACCAGUCAAACAUCUGGUGAGAAAAAAAUUCCCCAAAAGCUUCUCUGGUGAUUACCAGGAUUACCAGAACCAAGAUUACAAGGAAGAUGAAUACCCAGAUGUGAGCGCCAAACAACAUGAGACAGCAGAAAAUGGCAGUGUCCAGUCAAUGACUUCUGUGCUAGAGCAGCAAUCACUUCCCUCAAGUUCUUCCAAGGCAGCAGAAAUUGAUGACCUUCCAGUGGCUUCUGUGGCUUCCACCAUCAUCUUUGACAAGGAGGAGAAGGAGAAGGAAGAGGAAGUGCAAGUGGAAGAAGAGAGUGACCAUGAGAAAGAAGUGAAGUCUAUCCUCAAGACGGAGAGGCGCCAGGAGGACAACGGCUAUAAAGCCGUAUGGUUUAAGACUGAUGUGGAUCCAGAUGCUGGAGAUGGGGUUAAAGUGAUUGAGGACAAUACAGCAGCUGAUGAUGAGGACAGUGAUGAAGACCCAGAGGAAAGCGAGGAGGAGGAAAAAGGUUUUAAUGAGGAUGGUCACCAUGGAAGGCCAGGGGUGUCCUUUGCUCUGGAGAGCCAACCCCACCGAGAUGUGGAAGUGAAAGUCAACAUACCUGGCAAGGGUGUAUCAACAGAAGAUGACAGCAAGAUUUGA